AUGAUUAAAUCUACUAUCCCAAUGAUUUCUGAUAAGGAGACACCACCUUCCCCUCUUAUGCCAUUCAGCCCAACACCCCCUACUACUUAUGAUACAGUUGUAUUAUCCCCACAUCGACAUACAACCACAACAAACGCCCCAUUAGCAAAAAGUAUUAUUGACUUUACAACAAUUAACAGUAGUUAUACUCAGAGUUGUUCUCCGCCAACACCAACUCAAGAAUAUGAUGGAAGAAAUACCUUUAUUGGAGAAAAUUUUAAAGCCAGUGCAAAGAAUGGGAGUAUAGUUAUAACCCAUAACUACAACGAAAAAGAAGAACAUAUUGCAAUGAUUAAUAUUAAAGAUCUUACAAAUACAAAUGGAAAAUGGAAAAUUAUUUGUAAAGAUUUUCAAGUUAUUACAUUAGGGAGAGGAGAUGGGAUAUACAAUUGGAUUUUUGGAGGUCUUAGGAAUUGGAAUCUUAGAGGUCUUCUUGUAUAUAAAGAAAGUAUUAGUGCUUAUGACAUUAGUGAAUAUUAUAUGCAUUUAGGGUGUAUUGAAGAAUGGUGUGUUCGAACAUUUAAUGAAGGGUAUGAAAUUUGUGACAGUUAUCCAAGACAAAUGAUAUUACCAAUUAAGGUUUCAAAAGAAGAAAUUAAAUUAUCUGCUUCAAGAAGGUAUUAUAAUAGAUUCCCUGCAUUAGUGUGGUAUGAUAAUAAAUAUAAAAAUGUUCUUAUGAGAAAUUCAGCAACAAUUAAAGGAUGUUAUAACGAUACACAAAUACCAUUUGCUUUUACAAAUAAGAAAAAUUUAGUUAUAAUGGAUUUUGUUGAUAAAAUAACUUUAUGUAAAACGUUAUUACCAUCUAUGAAGAUUAGAGAAAUAUCUUGUUUUGAUAGAAAGACAUUAAUGAAAUAUUAUCAUCAAUUUAUAGAAUAUAUUAAUCAACCAGAAGUUAUAUUAAAACAAAUAGAUAAUAUAAAAUGGAUAUCUUCAAUCUCUUUAAUGUUAAAACAAGCAUCUUUAAUUUAUGAAUAUAUGAAGAAUGGAAUUUCUGUUUCAAUAAGUUGUAUUGACGGAACUGGAAUAUGUUCAAUAAUAUCAUCUUUAUGUUGUAUAUUGUGUGAUGAUUAUUUUAGAACUAUUAAAGGAUUUAUUGCAUUAAUUGAAAAAGAAUGGGUUUUAAUGGGAUAUCCAUUUGCUCAAUAUAUUGGUAUAGAUAAUGACUAUUUCUCUAAUGAGCCAGUUGAAUUUAUUUUAUUUAUUCAUUGUGUGGAGGCUAUUAUACGUCAAAAUCCAACUGCUUUAGAAAUCACAGAAGAUCUAAUCAUUUUUAUCUUAGAUGAAUUGUAUACAGGAAAAUGUAAUACAUUUCUUUUCAAUUCAGAGAAAGAAAGAAGAAGAGUGUGUGUUGACGGGAAGACACUAUCGUUAUAUGAUUUAAUAGUUCAAGAAUUGAAACUAGCAAAAUUUAGAAAUUAUAACUUUGAUGUGACUUCUCCAAUCUCCAUCUCAGAAAACUUGUUAACAAUCCCAUUAUGGACAAAAUACUAUUUACGGUAUUCAUUUCCCAAGAUUGCCGAGUUGAAUUUGUGUUAA